GUGAAGUUCAACCGAAAGCGAGUUGGUGUGCGCGGUGUGUGCCUGAAAUGCAUUUAAAAAUAAGUGAAUAAGACCGAAAACGAAGCAGGGAUAGAAGGCCUCAAGAUGAGCAAGAAAAUGUGGAAUAAGAUUUUCAAAUCCAAAUCGCAGAAGCCGCAGGCCUUGGCGAAAAUCAACAAGCGGCAUAGCCGGGGCAUCUACGAGGAGUACCAGCAAUUAAACGAUCUGCUGGCCGGUGAAAAACCGCAGCUAAGUUUCAACGAUCAGGGCCAAAACGAAAAGGAAAAUGAGCAUGGAAAUGGAAAUGGCAAUGGCUGUGGAAAUGGGAAUGGCAGCAUUAACGUUUUUGAGCAGCAACCGCGGCAAAGUUCUUUCAACUCGCUGGAGUUUAGUGAGGCGCAUCAGCAGCAGCAGCGGCAGCAGCAAUAUCAGCAAUCUCCGCAGCAGCAACAGCAACACCAGCAACAGCUGUCCACAUUUUCGCGCGUUCGCAACACAUUUUCCCUCAAACGCGGCAACAACAACAAGAAACAGCUGCUUAAUGCCAAGUCAACGACCACCACCGCCACCACGGAUUCCGCUGUGGAAGACUCUAUGCAGGGUGCGGAUGAGGAUCCGUUGCCCUCGCCGCCGCCACCACUUACAACUGGAUCGCCACUCCCGGAACAUGCUCCACCCCAAAGCAGCGGCGACCUGACACCAUGUCCCUGUUGCAGCCGAACUUUCAACCUGGAUGCUCUACGCAAGCACAUCGUGAUCUGCGAGAAAACCUCCAAGAAGCGCAAGGUAUUCGACUCGUCCCGCCAACGCCGCGAUGGUACAGCGCUCUCCACCUAUGUGUUGCCAAAGAACUUUGGCCUUCCCAAUGCUGAACGCACAGUGGGAGUUCCAGUUUCGCCGGCUGCAGUGACCACACCGGUGGUUGCCACUCCAGCAGAGGCCCAGAGUUUCCCACGUACCACGGCUCGCGCUUCGUUGCGCAAGGCGGCAUCUACAGUCUCGAACUCAUCGUCCACCGAGACGCCACCUGCAGCACCCGUUGCUCCGCCGCCGACAUCGGUGCGUGAACGUUCCCAAGCCAAGCGCAUCAAGGCUCCGGCCUGCGAUCGGUGUCCUCAUUGCGAGCGCACCUUUAAUCCCAAGGCAUUCGACCGUCACGUGGAGUGGUGCAAGGAGAAGGCCAUCCAGGCAAACAUGAAGUCAAGUAACAGCCAGGAGACGAGCAAGGCGAAGGAGCGUUUGGAGGCCAGGAAGCAGUACAAGCCUCCCAAUCUGAAAACUAAGAGAUCCGUUGCCCGUGAUAAGUACUCUGGAAACCAUGAGGAACUGCUGGAAGCAGGAGACAUGUCGGCGCCCAAGCCCAACAUGAUGUCGCUAUCGAUGACGUCGUCCGUGCACAGUGAUAACGUUAAAGUAAUCAAAGCACGAACUUCACUUGCCCCGACCAAGGAGACCCGUGGGAGGGCAGGCACCAAGGUCACCCAGAACCAGGUUACUCUGGACAUGUCCAACGAUGAGGAUGUGGCCUCUUCGCCGGCGUCCAGUGUGCGGACGUCUACUUCCAGCCGCCGGUUAAGCAAGCGCAAACAGUUGGUUGAUACCUGCAGCGAAAUCGAUGACACCAUGGACCGGAUCAAACGUAAUUCCCUCAAGCUGGCCACAUUGGACUGCAAUGACGCGCCAAUGCUCCAGCCGAAGUCCAAGACCCGCCGGGCCGUUAUAAAGAGGGGUGAAGUCGACGGAAUCGACAAGGAGCUUAACCUAUCAAGUCUUCCCCAAGUCACAAUGACAUUCGAUGAGCUCAACGGCUUGAUCAAGCGCAAAGGAGGCACACCCAUCUGCAAUUUGGAAUUGGAUGAGCAGGAAAUCACUACCAAAGAGCGCUCUACCACAUCAGCUUCAAUGGUGCGCCAGGCACGCAGGCGCAUUAGCACCCGGGAGAGUCCGAACCUCGGACUGCAAAGUCUUGAUUCCAGCUUGAUGCCCUUGCAGCGCAGUUCCAAUUAUUCUGGAUCCGAUGACGACGACGUUGACUCUCCGCGGGCAGAGAUCCAGAUUAAGCUGGAGGCGACCACCAUGCGCACCGUGUGCAGACCCCAAAAGAGAUCGGGGCAUGGUGUUCGUAUGAUAAACCACUCUGAGCCCAAGCGAGCUUUGGCCUUGCCCGGAUUGAAGCAGAGUCUUGAUGCUAUUAACAAAUCUAUGGAGCACACAGUAUUGCCAAGCUUGAAGAUGGGAAAUGAUAGGUCAGAGUACGCCCAGGAGGCAGAAGACGUGGAUAAUUAUAACAGUGACCUGGACUACGAAGAGGAAGGCCCCGCAUCCAGUUUAAGUCGCAGUCGCGACCAAGAGGAUAACCAAAGCGACGAGCACGAGGAGUACGUAGAGGAGGAGCAGGUGCUAAGAUUGCCUCCUUUGGUGAAGCAGAACAGCAACAUCAGUCGCCGUUUAAUCGUAGAGCAGGAUGAGAAUGGCACCGUAUAUAUCAAGUCGAGUCCCAAAGCCAAGCGCAGCUUUAUUUUAUUCAUUGCUAUAUUCUUUUUAAACAGCGGCCUCGGCGACAAGUACGAUCCCUUUCUCUCGGCCAAGCGCCAGCUUGAAGAGCUCUGCUCGCCUAGCACGCCGCCGCCAGAGGAGGAGGUGACUACCAUCAAAUCCAUCCUGACACCCACAGCGACAGCCACACCUAGUAUCGCCAUGUCCACAUCGUUGACCUCGACGGGUAGCAGCAAGCCGGUACAGAUUGCUUCGAAGACGUCGACGUCUACCUCGAAUUUCCGACGCACUUCGUCCCUGCGCGGACCGCGGCGUAACGUUCCUCUUCUGAACAGUCGUCCGCUGUUCGCCACCAACUACCGCCCUACCAUCCAGCGCGGUCUCUCGGAUGAGGGUCCCAUCUCCACGAAUUUCUUAAAGCCAGAAGAGUACGACGAGAUGCCUGUGAGAGCUGCCUGCGGCAAUGAUUUCCACAGUCCGCGUGUUGUCCGCCGCGACACGAGUGCCUCCAACCGCAAGCAACCACUUAAGUUGCCAGUUACUGGAACCAACGAAGGUAGUAGCGCAGCCUCUUCCGUUCAGCCCACUCGCACUGUGGCCAAAACGGACUCGUUGGCAGUGUUCCUGAAGUACGAACACGAGCUAGAGCAACUGAAUGCCAAGGCAGCGGAGCUGGCCACCGCUAGCCAGUUGACCAGCAAGGAGCUGAAGGACAAGAGCAACACGCUGAGCAAACAGAACUCGGCCAAGAGCUUGGGCCAAAGUACUCCUACACAGUUGCCACCUUUGACCCCAACGGGAGCGGUGCCACCUUCGCCAACGUUGGCUAAAGAGAACCAUUACCCUCCCGUAGCCACACCUCUGCGUUUGGAGCCGAUAUGCAACAAGCCAUCUAUGAUGGUCAGUCAACAGCCCUCGCCGCUCACUCCCAUCAAGCUGGAGAGCAUCUUCGGCACCAGAAGGGAAUUGGGAUCGGGAAUGGGAUCAGUAUCAGGAGCUGGCUCAGUGGCCGGGGACUACAUAGAUCCGAAGUUGAUAAAUGCCUGCGAUAAUCUUCAUGUGAACAGCGGUAUAUCCUCGGAUGCCAGCUCCACCCCGCAACAGCUAUCGCAGAGCAGGAGCAGGAGCAGCUCCCAAUCAACCAUUACCCACGAACGAAGGCAAUCUGGCGAGGCCAGGAACCUGUUAAAGCGAAAGAUGCGACUCGGGCGCAACCAAUUUCUGUAUGAUGCCUCGCCUGAGGAUGCGGACGCCUCUUCGGGCUGCUCGGCAGACGACGAGGCCAAUCGAUCUUCGAUGGAGUACGACGAGCAAUGCUGGCAGCAGCAGCAGAAGCAACUGCUAGCUAAUCCCCUGCCGCUGGUCAUGCCCAUGGUGCACAGCGCCAUGCCCACCUUCGACGACUUUGACUUCGAGGAGUUCCUCUCCUCAUUCGAGAACGAGAAUGACGACGAGCAGUUCCCGCUGUUCAAGGACUGUCGGGAGUUCCUUCUGAAUCGCUCGACGAGCAGACACCGCUCGUUCCAGAAAGCAGCGACUUCGACGCCACAGACAGCCACACAACAGACCAACCCACAGCCACACAGCCAGCAGUCCAAGAGCAAAGAUAAUUACGCCCACGCCACCCACAGGUCCGAUGUGAACAUGACCAGCCAGAGCCAGCCGGAGGAGCGCCUGCAGCGCCAGCAAUCGAAUGCCUCUAGGACCAGCAGCAGCCACGAGGAGAAGCAGAGUCGCUUCCAAGAGAUAGAGCGGCGGGCUGAUGCCGAGGAUCAGCAGAAGCGCGAAAUCUUCAUCAGCAUUGAGACCGAGGCCAAUGCGCAAGGACGUUCGCCCAUUUCGCCAGAGUCACUGCGACACAUGGUUGGCAAUCCGCAGACGCCCAUCGAUGUGCUGCACAUAGAGAACGGAAACGAGCCGGAGCACGCAAGGUUUAGCAAGAUCAGCGAUACGGAGGACGCAGGCCAUGAGUCCGGGGAUCGGGCUAGUCAGUUGGGCAGCAAUGCUAACACCAACAGGCUGGCCCAAUCCUUGAAUGCAUCCACACUGGCGCCCAACGUACAGCUGAACAAUGCCAAGAAUCUGAUGCAGCAGAUGCAAAGCGAUUUCCGGCAGCUGGGCGAGGAGGCCAGCGCUUCUGUGCGUCGUCAGUUGAUGUUAAAUAGUGGGCGAUCGGAGGAGCACCAGCAACAACAGUUUAGAGAUCAGGAAGCUGGUCAGCACCAGCAGCAGCAGCAGCAUGUAAAGGCCAACUCUCCUUUAACACCAUCGCCAUCGGCGGAUUCGGAUGAGCUUAGCAGCCUGGAUGGAUAUCCCAUGUCAUCGUCGCAGUCCUCCCGCCGCGGAGCCAGCUCUAAGCUGAGCUCGGAUUCUGCAUACGGCAGCAGCAAUUCUCCGUACAGCUUGUCCCGUCAGCGCUCAAGUGAACUCCAACCUAUUGGAGGCCCUUUGCACCGUUCCCAGGGACUCUUGCGUCCACAUACGGCCAGCGCCAAGUUGCCCAGUACUACGUCGGAUGCUUCCACGCAGGCACAAACCCAGUACGGUACACUCAAGGCACGUCAGCGCCUCUUUGGCAAUGGCGGCUCAGCAGGUGGUGGCAGCAAUGGCAAUGGUGAAGGUGCCGAGUCCUACAGCAGUGGGUCGGAGGAGAAUUCACAGCAGCCCAUACAGCAGCAGCAGCAGCAGCAACAGCAGGCGAGCAACUACAACUAUCAGCAGCAGCAGUAUCAGCCAUCCCAGCCAACUUACACCGUAAACAACAACAUACCGAUGACACCAACAAUUUCUCAACACUCUCUGCUGAGUAACACGUCCAACAACUCCAUGUCUUCGAGUAUGAAAAUGUCGAAAUUCUGUCACGAGUGUGGCGCCAAGUUCAUCAUUGAGCACGCCAAGUUCUGCAUGGAUUGCGGAGUGCGGCGGAUGGUACUCUAAAGAGAUAGUUUAACCCCCACGUAGCUCAGUAGCUGGCAACACUAAAAAACGAAGGCACACAGAACACCAAGUCUCCGCAGAUGAGGCCUGCCUUGCAGGAGGCGGAGCUCUUGAUAUAUACCAAAUGUAGUUGUUUACGGAGGAGACCUUAACACCCAAACAGCUUAUAUAAAGAAUAAUAAUAAUAAUAAUAUAUAUUUUAAUACAAACCAAAAUCGAGCGAGACACGAGGGUUUAUUUUUUAAAUCGAACAAAAACUUUAAUCAACUAAACUUGAAAUUAUAUUUCACAUAUAGAAUUGGCGAAGCAAACAAAACAAUGAAAAAAAAGCGAACAAACGACGCAAUCAAUUUUAAACACUUUAACAAAGUUGUUGAAUAAUAACAAAGACUGAACGAAUUUCAUCGAGAAAGCGUUGAAAAAAAAAUUUAAUACGUUACGUAAUCAUCGUGCAGAAACGAAACUAUUUUUAAACACAUUUUUCAAAAACCUAACGCAGCAACUCCAUUGUAUUUGUAUUUUGUAAUCGUUUUACUAAUUAUACAGACACUGCUUAAAUAUAUAUAUACGAAUAUAAAA